AGGCUUCUCCAUCGACGUCCUGGACGCUCUCGCCAAAAUCCUCGGCUUCAAAUACGAGAUCUACCAGGUGGCGGACAGUAAAUAUGGAUCUCAGCUUCCGAACGGCUCGUGGAACGGCAUGAUCGGUGACCUCAUCAACAAGAGAGCCGACCUGGCGGUGUCGGCGAUCACCAUCACGCCGGAGCGCGAGAACGUGGUCGACUUCAGCAAGCGUUACCUUGACUACAGCGUCGGCAUUCUGCUGCGGAAACCCGAGGAGAAGAUCAACAUCUUCUCUCUGUUCGCACCGUUUGACCUCGCCGUCUGGGCCUGCAUCGCCGCCGCCAUCCCCGUGGUGGGAGUGCUCAUCUUCCUGCUCAACAGGCUGCAGGCGCUGCGCUCCUCUACCCAGAAUGCACCGCCGGGCGCCAACGGCAGCGUGGGGUCGGGCUCUCUGCACAGCGCCAUCUGGAUCGUGUACGGGGCGUUUGUUCAUCAAG